AUGGCCUCACCCACCCAUUCCAUUCUCGAGGGCUUUGUUGCUCUCCGAGACAGGUCAAGCCGCCGAGAAGUGCUCAAUGCGAUUCUUGAUACCCUAGAUUCAUAUGAAAUACGAGAGGUGAAAAGUCGACUCGAGCCGGUGACAUUCCAACUUGAUUUGCUAGGUAAGCUGCCUAUUGAACUGGUGGCUAUGUUGGUAGAGUACUUGGACCUAGCAGAUCUUGUUAUCCUUCAAAGAGUCUCCAAACGAUGGCGUGAAUUGCUCUCUUCAACCAUCGUCUUCACCACUGCAGUCAGACACCACAUGGGAGAAAACAUCAUCAAGUCCGGUUCUACCCCUAUCGGUUUUGGCGCGCUGGUAAAAAAAAGAAUUCGCGCGGAAAGGGGAAUUCCUGCUGUUGUGGCCACAAUUCCUAAUAACUUGUGUUGCAAUGUAGCGAACAUCAUGGAGAGAGAGGCCCUAAGCUGUUUUAAUGGAGUAUGCGCGUGGAUUGAAAAAUCCACAGAUCAAACUACUAUAUUCAUGGUGAACCUAUCAACCGGCAAGAACAGAAUCCUCACAACAGCGAAUCGAGAGAGAUUUAUUUAUGUCCAGGUCUCGGACACCUUAGUCUCAGCAAUUUCUGUUCGGGGGUAUUGUCAUGUCUGGAACAUAUCCGAAGAACAGUACAAGUCAUUUCGCAUUCCUUCGCUGAAAUUUGGUCAUUACAUCUCCAUCGGAUCCAAGGUCAUGCUGGGCUACUCGGAUUCCGUGGUCCACUUCUGUUUUGACUCUGGAAUCGCCCGUUCCAUCAAAAUCGGGCCGUUCGUUCUUUUGUUGUCAGUACAUCCGGAGGAAGACGGAUUCUCCGUUGUUUGCGUCCGCAGAAAAAAUGGCGACAAUACUCAAGCAUGGGCAGAUGGCCACUUGUAUUGGGAAGAGCAUCAUUUGCAGACUCAGAAGUUCUCUGUCCAUGAUAAUAGGUUUAUCUGCACGUGGGAGCAAUAUCGAGAGCUUCCUUUCAGACAAGACGAACUGUGGAUGUUUCGAUGCAAACCAGAAGAUAGCUGGCCACCAUGGAGAGUGUGCCCGCGCCCUGGUCAAAGCUCUACUUUGCUGGAUUACGAUAUGACCGAAGCCUUUAUGGAUCGUUCUCCUAAUUAUCUAGAACACGAGGAUGAAUAUGGCUCGCUUUCGCUUUCACUCGAGGCGGAUGAUCGGAUUACUGUGCAUUUCCGCUGCGAAAAUAUUCAAGAGCUGGAAUUCAAUUAUUCUUACACUAAUCUAGACUAUGCAGCCCGGGGCCCGGGGUUGAUUUAUUGUUUAGACAUGAUGUUAGGGGAUUUGAAAAUUGGCUGUGAAUUUCCAGAGCUGUGGCAUGCCCGCGAUGCUGAAGCGUAUUCAUCCUUAUCCUUUCGCAGAAUACCUUUUGCAGCUAACCAGGCACCCACCGCGAUUUGGGGGGAUGGAGACUUUGCUCUAUUCCUUGUGGAUGACAAAAUCUGGAUCUGGUGUUUUGAUGAGGCAUGGAUCCCUUCUGGCAUCCCUAACAUGAAGAUUGAAUUUCGCGAUUUGACUACGCGUACAAGAAACAAGAAAUGA